AUGCGAACCUCAAUAAGACGCCAAUCCCCCGCUCCUGCAGACGUUAUCACGUAUCGUUUGAAUAACCAAAUGAUGUAUGUUCCCCCAGCGCAGAGUUUUGAUCAAGCAGUCACUUUUGCCAGAUCAGCAUUCGAGACUGAUCUCACCGGGAUUGACAAAAGCCGGAUAUCCUUCUCAUUGAAUGUGCUCGCGAAUGGGAAGCAGGGUUCUGUGGGCAUCAGCUCUGUGGCAUGGCCGACAAUAAUGUCACGUCUGGCACGCUAUGAGAUCAUAGAUGUGCACGUCCAACCAGAGCUCAAAGUGUCCGGACCCCCGCCGAGCUAUCGGUCUGGCGGCUCGACAGAGCGUGCUGAGAGAGAGCAGCAUUCACACACAUCAUCAGCUCUCAGCGGUCUCGUUCCCAGACGUCUGUUUCAGCGGCUGAGUGGCUGA